AUAAUGAAAAAAAUUUAAUCAUCUUUAUCGUCUAACGAGUCUAGUCUAAUCGUCGUCAGUUGAUUUCAAGAAAAUGAUAUGUAAAAUUAAAAUAUGAGAAUAGUAUGAAUUCGAAUGUUGGAAAUGUUUUCCUAGUUUUUUUAAAUAUAAGACUAAGAUAGUAUAUUUCUAGUGUAGAUUAAUUAAUAGUAAGUGAAAGGACUAGGCAACAAUUUCUAUUCGGAUAGACGCUUUCGCAUAGCAAUUUGUUUUAGGAAAUAAAAUUUGAAAAUUCGGGAAUAAAACUGAGACAAUAUGCCAGAUCAAUUUCUUCGAUCUUUCUUUUCGAUCAAUUCUUCGAAACAAAGUUUGAGCCUGAGAUUGUAGUACACACAUAAGGGACAAUUAUCACUGCGAUCAUUAAUCGUCCAUAACUUGCGUGAUUUUGAUGGAAAAUAUUGUUAGAAAUAGUUAAUUUGGAUUAAUUUACUUUUAGAUUUCCGCGUUGAUUUUCUUUAAAAUUCUUUUUGUUACUUGUGUUACACAACAACCAAAUAUUUGAAUGUUUUGCAAAAGGAGAAUUUAUUUGAGAACAAAGGAGGAUAGAUGAGAUAUCAAUGAUCAGGAUAAAAUUUUUAUUUUGUAGCAACCUUCGAGCGACAAGCUUCAAUGGAAGACAAUGGAAAAUCAUUAUUAUUUAAAUAUACAAUAUAUAAUAAUAUGAAAGUAUAUAGUCAGUAUCAGUGGUACAAUUGUAUGUUUAUAAGAAAUAAGAUAAAUCAAUUGAUUGCGAGUGUGAUUAUAUUUUUCGUAGAAUGUGUAACAUAAAGAUCCCAUAAGAUGUCACGCCUAUUUUGUUUCUCGUCCGUGGUGGUAGAGUGCUGGAUAUUUGGUAAAGUGGAUCACUUGGUUCCGAUCAGUAAAGAGCGAAGACGACGGGUGUGUGUUGAGGGGAAUCGCGUGGGAGGAUGAGUUUUGGUAUGUCGGUGCAAUGGGUGUUCUCUGGCGAGCCCAAGUGUUGGGCUGUCGUGAGUCGGGAGCAGUGAGGCGGGUAGUCAGUGCGUCGUCAGACUUCGCGUCGUCGUGAUGUUAUUUUGUUUUUUGUCUUUCUGAUUUUCUUCUUCGGGGGUUCAUUCAGAGAUUUUCUUCGUCGGGGGAAAUAUAUCAAAUAUCGUGUUGUGACUUUCUAUAUAUAAUUUAUAACAAAGAAUGAUCGCCAUAUAUUAUUCUUUGAAUUAGUUAGAAAUUUAAUAAUUUAAUAUAGUUAUCGUUAUAUUUAAUUUAUCGUUUAGAUCGACUUCUGUGAUCGUUUCACGCGUAUGUUAUUGUAUACAAAACGUAAACGAAAUUAAAAGAAUAAAAUAUUGAGAAUAAAAAAAGUAUUUUAAUAAAUUUUCUUCAUUUUUCUUUAUUAUAUUGAUUUAUUUAUUUUGCGCUGAUUUUUCACAAUUUUUCUCAAGAAUUUUCAAAUCCAAGUGUGAUUAUCUUUUCUCUAGUGUGAUUUAAAUAUUUAUCAAUGGCUUCUAUCAAAUUUUUUUCAUAUAUGAAGAUAUCUUAAUCGAUUGUGCCUUGGCAUCAUGUGCCAUUUGAAAAUACAAUUUUAUAACGAUGAAAAUGAGAGAUAAAAGGAAAAUUGAAAUUGAACUAUUUGUGAAUCGUGAAAUUGAAAAGGUGGAUGUCGAAUAGUGUCGAAUUUAGUAUCGGUUGAAGCGAAUAAGUUGUUUCAGUUGGUGCGUAUAACAAUGACGGGUGUUGAGAUAGUUAUUCCAAGUGGUGGUAAAACGAGGGUAGCCAGACCAGAAGUACGGGAGAGAUGAAAAAUUGUCGGGUCGCGCAUUUGCCAGCCCAGCCUCAUACGAGACGCGAAUGUCUCGUCUGGGCUAGGAGAUUAUACGCGAAUUUUCAACCGUUUAAAAACGUUAACCAAAGAGAAAAUGGAACACAAGCAAACAAUCUUGCUUGCACCAGCGCUGAGCAACAGCAGCUGUUGGCGGAGAGACACGUCCGAAGCCACUUGGACUGGACCAGGCCCUGGAGAAUUGUUACGCGCUACUCUAAUUCUCGUGCUCAGCCUCGGUAUUCUUUGUGCCAAUUUGUUGGUAAUAUGCGUCAUAAAUAGCAGACGAUACAGCAAAUAUAUUCACGCACAGCCAAAGUACUUACUGACAAGUUUAGCGAGCAACGAUCUUGCUAUUGGUCUUCUGGUUACACCAUUCGGCUUUCUACCAGCUGUUUAUGGAUGUUGGCCUUACGGCGAAAUUGUGUGUCAAAUACAGGCGCUUCUUAGAGGAGCUUUGACCCAACAAAGUGCCGUUAUCCUUGUUUGUAUGGCGAUCGAUCGUUACGUUUGUAUGCUGCAUCCACAUCAUUAUCACAAACACGCAUCUAAAAAGUAUUACAUGCGGCAGGGUUGCGUGGCAGUCAUGUCGACUACUUGGAUAGCGAGUGUGGCAAUUUUCGGUGCUCUCGUGCUUCCAAGAGGUGGUUAUUACUUCAACGAUUCCGGUCUUCUCGCCUGUGAUCCUUUUUUCGCCAGGGCUUCCCUCAGAAUUCUCGCGUGUUGUUGUUUUUAUUUUCCUACGACGAUGGUGCUGAUGUAUUGCUACGGUUCAGCCUUUCACGUUAACAAACUGCGCUUAAAAAGGGUGGUUUGCGUUAACACACCGGAGGUCGUUAGCGGAGGCCAUAUGGAGAGGCUUGUAGCUCACGAGAGACGAUUGUCAACUUCUGCUUCUCGAACAAUGGCUGCGAUGAGUUUAGGAUUCAUUGUUAUGGUCACGCCAUGGACGAUUCAGGAAGUCGUUGCAGCUUGUACCGGAAGUAAACCACCACCGUUCCUCGAUUUCCUCGCCACGUGGCUUGCGCUUUCCAACAGCUUUUGGAAUCCGUUCCUCUAUUGGCUGCUCAACAAUCACUUUCGUCGUAUUUCGAGAGAACUUCUCUACACUAAGGUACUUUGUAGGCCGAAACCUUUGGGACCGAAACAGCAUUGUUGCGCGACUAGCACAGGUGGUCUUGAUGUUUGUAACAUGGCAGGAGUCGAUUUAUCGGGUUUAGAGCGUUGCUCAAUAGACCGUUUUUCAAUGGCUCGAUGUUCCUCGUCUUCGUUAACCAAUACACCACCACCACUUCCUUGGGAAACCGGACAUGUCCUACAUAAUGACGCUACGCCAACGUGAGUUAGGGAUGCCGUCACGCAAACGGAGGACAUUGAAUCUCCAACGCAUGCUAGUUAGUAUAGCGUGGCGGCAGAACACCAUUCCGUGACUCGCAAUCUUGGAACAGAGCGAUCAUCGCAUCCUCGAUCUUUUUCAAAUAAUUCGUCUUUGUCGAUAAUAGAAUAUUCUUUGUACGAAGAAAAUGCACAAAUCCGACGCGAUUGCCGUUUCUAUCUGGAAAACACGCGUUUCAAAAGCGUGCCGGAUUUAAUUCGGGAUCUUGAAUUUAAUUGACAUGUAAUAAUCUCAAAUGUUGCCAAAGAAAAUAUAUCGUGCUGUAAUUUGCGAUCAAGAAUCAAAUUCGCAUAAUGAACAUUACGAUUUUAUACUAAUCUAAAAGUAUAAAGUACUUUUUAUUAUAGAUGAAGCACAUUCGAUCGAAAGAAGCGGAAAAAAUAUUAUCUUGAAAAUUAAGCAUAAUUUUUCACUAAUUUGAACUAGAAUAUAGAUAUAUAUGUUUAUGGCAUUCAAAUAUAAAAUAUAAUAAUAAAUCUAAAAGAAAGUAUACAUAGCUAUUACUAUGUAAAAUUGCUUUACAGUUUUUUUUUUUUUUAUCUUUUUUUUCGAAUGAUUUCGAACGUAAUGGGAAAAGGAAACAUAAAGAAUCUUUGCUAUGUAUCUUUAAUAUCGUUAAUAUGUCUCUAUGUAUCGCUAAUUUACGUAUUUUUAUUUUUAAUUAUCGAAUUCAUUGAAAUGCGUUCAUUGUCUUAUAAUAUCUUGCCAAUACACGUUUAUAAUAACCGCACAAAUUAUACGUAUAAAAUAAUAUUUAAGAAAUUGCAAUAUAGAUGUUAAAUAGAUGUUAUUUUUAUCGAGUUUAAUUAUAAUCCGUUACAUUGUUUCCCUUCGAACGGAAUGAUUGUUAUGAUUGAUAACGCGAUGAAGAAAUUGUUUUAAAAAACUAUUAUUAGAUUUGGAAACUGAAAUUGAAAUUGAAUUAUUAUCGAUUUAUCCUAAAAUUUCAUUUAUAUUUAAUAUCAAACGUUUAAUGUUAAUAUAACUUCGUUAAUAUUAUAUUUUUUUAUUUUUUUAUAGUAUUUAUCGUUAAAAGAGCUUGUUUUUACUUAUAUACACACAUAGAUGCGCGCGCGCGCACAACACAUUGAAUUAAGCUGACCGAAAAAUUAGAUAAAAGUUUAUAAAAAUUAGAAAAAUCAUUUAUUUUUCCAAUCAAAUAUGUUAUUCAUUCUCGCGUUAUAUGCUUGGAUAAAAUUAUAUAUGCAAAACGCGAUUAUGAAUGCGACAAAGUAUUCAUUCUUUUUUAAUAACGUAUUAAUUAUUAUAAAAAAUAAAAUAUUAGUAACUUUGGUAUAAUAUGAUAUAAAGGAAUAGUUUAUACGUAUAACGUAAAAUUAUAUAUAUUAGUUGUAUCUAGUUAUUUAUACAUACUUAUAUACGUGUAUACGCGUUUAUAUACGCGUUAAUUUAUAGCAAAAUGAGGAUAUUUAAUAAAAGAAAAUGU